GCUAUAAAAUCCAACGGGAUUGCCCAUUGCUUUUUUUUUUUUUUCACCUCCGCUGGGAUUUCGCCCUAGCCCUUUCUUUUCUUCAAGUUACUUCAUCCCAUGUGCAUUAUUAACCGCAAAUAUUAACUCAGAGCUAAAUACAUAGUCCUUCACGAUGGCAUCGCUGCUGCAAGGUUCAGCCUUCGUGACCGGCGCCGCUUCCGGUCUCGGUGAGCAUACAGCCUAUGCCUUCGCCAAGUAUGGCAUCUCCAAGCUGGCGAUUACAGACAUCAAUCUGGAGGGCCUGAGCAAGGUGGCUGCCAACAUACAGAAAGAAUGGCCCGGCGUCGAGGUUUUGGCGCUGCAAAUGGACGUGCGCAAGGGUGAAGAGGUUAAAGCCGCGUUAUCCCAGAUCGUUGCCAAAUUUGGACGAUUAGACAUCGCAGUCAACAAUGCGGGUAUCACCGGAAAGUCGGCGCAGAUCCACGAGCUGGAUGAAUCGGACUGGGAGAAUGUGCUCGACGUCAACCUCCACGGCGUCCACCGAUGCCAGAAAGAGGAGCUCGGCAUCAUGGUGAAACAAGAAGAUCUCGGAGCACGACGAGGACGAGGCACCAUCAUCAACGUAUCAUCCAUGUAUGGCACUAUUGGGCCACUGUCCCCCAUCCAUGUCACAGCAUACUCAACUGCUAAGCACGCUGUUAUGGGAAUGACCCGGGCUGACGCCAGCUCCUACGCCGGCUCCAACAUCCGCAUCAACGCCAUCUGUCCCGGCUACGUCAAGACGCCCAUGGUCAACGAUGGCAACGGGGCCGAUAAUGAAGCCCAUCCGCUGCACCGACACGCGCAGCUGACGCCGUUGCGACGACUGGGCCUGCCUGAGGAGAUUGCAGAUAGUAUUGUGUUCCUGGCGUCGCCAAUGAGUAGCUUCGUCAAUGGCUUUGGGCUAGUGGCUGACGGUGGAUACAGCUGCUGUUAACCGCCUUAUAAUGGGACUGUGUGCAACGUUUAUUAGGAGAGCUAUAGUUGUAAAGACGGCGAAACGGAGUUUAAAUUGGUUGCGAUGAGAUGAAUAGCCUUUCAGCAAAGACGAGCUUGUUUGAUAAACUACCCAAGGUACCUACCUACUAAUGCAGAUACCUUAUAUAUACCAUAUCAUGUUAUCAUAUAUUUCGAGAAUCUCAACGAGCAAUCAAUGCC